UCAACAGUCAUGGUCAUCAAGUCGACAAGAACACAGUACCACCAGCUGAGAGUUAGUUGGUUGGUGGGUUAGUUAGUUCUUGUGUUACUUCCAGUGUCUUAAAAAGUGUUUGGGUUGUUUGUCCUUGUAAGAAGAGUAGAGUUAAAAUAGAAUACUGCAUACUACUCUCUCAGCUGACAUUAAGUUUAUUUAGAAUGGACGAUUUAGUUCGUCAAAUAGUUUCUGGAAUAUUAUUUGUUACGGCUUCCACAUGGCAUUUGUAGUUUUGUCUCCUUAGUAAUUAACAAAUAUGAUUGAUGCCUUGAAAAUAGUUUGGAAACCAAAGCUGAACAUUGUGAUGUGCACCAUUAAUUUUUGAAAAACCCUAUACCGGAACCAUAAAAUUUAAAGAAAUCUCUCAGUUUCAUAUAUAUUAAGCAGUGAAUAUUAAACAAGUUAGGGAAAUAAACCUAUUAUUAUUGAAAUAAAUAAUAAACCAGUUCUAUCAAUAUCCAGGUAGGAGUUUUCCAGUAAUAUGGCUUCUAAUGACUGUAAUCGUAGUGAAGCUGAAAAAUUGUUAUUUGACAUCAGUUGUAGCAGUGAAAAAUACAAUGAAAAUCAAGAUUUCAUUGAAUGUAAGAUGGUACCCCAGUUAAAGUGCAAAUUAUGCAAUGUAAUCGUUGGGUACAAUGAAAAUAGAGAUGAAAUGAUGAGUAAUUUUGCAGCCCAUCUAAAUGUUCCUGAACAUGUAAAUCGUUUGAAAAAAUGCCUGCAAACUGUGUCUAUUAUAAAGAAAUUUAAAGCACUCUCAAUCUAUGAAGAAUGCUGCCAUAAUUUGAGUUUGGUCGAUGGCAAAGUGAUCUGUUCAGAGUGCAAAAUUUCUGUUAAUGUUAAUUGGAAUAAAAGUUUGAGCACUCAAACUGUAAAAGAAGAACCAAAACCUGUUUUACUAAUGGAUGUAAUUGAUUUAAAGUCAUUGAUUGAUUCACUGGGCAAACCAUUUGAGGAUAUUGAUUACAUUGUUGAGGGUGGACGAGGCCAAGUCAGGUGUUUGCUUUGUAACUGUGUUAUACCUGCAACAGUUUACAGUCUCAAAUGUCACCUAGUAGGAAUCAAUCACAAGAAAAACAGAGGUAUACAGAGACAAAACAAAGGAUCUCAAGAACCUCGUUCUGGUCUUUGCUUUGAUGAAAUAUAUAAGAGACUAGUGCUAACUGAUCCUACGAUUGCUGCGAACAAAAAGUUGUUCAUCAAAUACUCUGAACAGUUUUAUGUUUGCUUAUGGUGUGGUGCUUUAAUUGAAGGAUGUGACAAAAUCAAUGUAUUUAGAAAUAACUUUCAUCACCACAUUGAGAGUAUUGAGCAUGAAGCAAAGUUAAAACGUUGGACUGAAUGGUCUAACAUGCCACUUGUUCCGGACCGUAGUGCAAAAUUAACUAGACUGUUUGAGAAAUUAUCUUCAGGUCUGCAACAUAACAUUAAGUAUAUCAGAGGCCCAUCAAUUUAUGGAGAUGUCUUCUGUUAUAUUUGUUGUAUUUCCAUUGGAGUAAGCAAUGUCUCCAGUUUAGGAAGUCAUUUGCGUGGAGCCUUCCAUUUAUCAUCUAUGAAGAGAUUUCAAUUAUUGGACCAUGACUGUCCAGUAAAUGCAGAAGAAUACGUAAAUCUGAAUAAUGCCUUCUAAAGUUUGUAUAAAAAAGAGGAGUAAAUGAGUAAUAGAGAAGUUUUCUUGUUGAAUGUAAUUAAAUACUCUACAUAAGUGAUAUAAUUAAAUGGCUUUUCAUUAUAAACCAGUGGAGGACUUCAAUAAUUAGGAUUAUUGUAGAACUAACACUAUAACAAAAAUAGAAACACCGCAUUAUAAGAUCGGUCAUUCGAUUUCUCUUUCUUGAUUGGUUGAGAAAUAGCAAAUAUUAAAAAGACUAUAAAUUUGAAAUAUUAUAAUAGAGCACUGUGACAAUAAACAGCUUGGGAAUUAAUCAUACAACUUUUGUGUCAAUUCCACAGCUAUAAUUGGCAGAAUGGUGCUAACACCCCACAAGUUUUAUGAGAAUUACGAGUAUUUCACUCAUACAAUCUAUUGCAUAUGGAUGUGGUUAAAGAGGUUUCUGUUAGUUUCUACAUGCUCUGGGUGGAGAUGUUUAUGGACAUGUUUCACAAAGAAGAACAUAAUUGUUAUGUUUCAUAGACUUGUUUCUUGUCUGAUUUUACAAGAUUUGUUUUCAUCGCUUUGUUGUCUUGAAAUAUUCAUCAACCUGAGGUAAACAUUGUGCAUGCAACGAUUGCAGAUUAUGUUUGCAAUAAUCUUCUCACUUUUGUCUUUUGUGAGUGACUCCAGUAGUCAUUGGUCUGCUCUCACUUUUCUACUACAAUAUAAAAAGUGUUAUACAGUAGAGAAAUUGAAAAAAUCAGCAAUCACAAAGCAUGAGCAAUUAGAUAAAAUAAUAAAAUCCUAGAGGAACUGGAAAUGCAGACAUUAGAGAGUAGAUAGUCAUCUAUGACCAGAAGAAGAGACCACUUUCAGUGGACAUUGUCAGCAAACAAGUUAGUGGAUAAACAAUGCCAAUAUUACCAUAGAUCUAAUAAUGUUUACCCUAAGUAUCAAAUUAACAAAAUUUAAAAUAAGCAAUAAUUAAUUAAAUGAACUCACACAUAUUACAUGUACUGUUCACAAGGUGCUUCAAUUUGUUACUUUCAGAUCACAAGUGAAUUAUUAUCGGUGAUGGCAAUGGAAAUAAGGUUACCCAUUGCUCUAAAUUAUGUUUAAUGACGGUUUUUUUAAUUGUGCUAAACUGAAAUACUGUGGUAACAACUAUGGUGGAAAGUUUCAAGGGUGUGCUCUUGUGUAAUUUCCAUCUUCCAUCUCACAAAUGUGUGAUUACAAUAUGAGAUACCAUCAUAGUUCACUUAUACAGUUGCUAAUGUACAAGACAAAGUAAGGUAGUCUUUUGUUAUUGUUUUAACUUUGUGUUACCAUUUUUAUAGUAUUUUAUUUUUUUUAUGAUGCCAUUUGCUCAUUGUAUUUUAUUGUAGCAACUCAAGUAAAAAAAGAAACCCAGGGGAGUUAUUAUUCUACAAAAGUUUUUUAGUUGUGAGGAGAAAAUGUUAAAAAAAUACAAGAAUACAUUAUGAGUAAUUUUCAAUUAUGUUUUACUUCACUUUACUUUAGCACUAGUUAAGAAAAUAUGUAUUUAUACAGGAAAUUGUUUGCAAGAUACUAUAACAAUUUUAAAACGUAAAUUAAAAAAAAGAAAUAAAAAUUAUGAGACAGUACGAUGUUCAGUAUGCAGUGAAGAGCUUAAAGGAUCAUUGAAAUUUAACCAGGAAAUAUCAUUAGUCACAUUUAGUUUCUUGUCAGAUUAUGGUUUUUACUAAUCGGAAUAAGAAUUAUGCAUAUAUAAGGGUAUUUAAUUGCCAAAAAGUUAAUACUACAUUUUAAGAUAUUUGUCUCCUUUUAAAAGAUGGAAUUAAUAAAGCUUAUCCAUAGGAGCACAACAGUACUUUAAUUUAUAAAACUUAUUUAUCUACCAAGAACUGAAACAUUCCAUUGUAAUGUGUUAUGAUAUUUUCCACUAUAGUGUUCUAAAAUGUUCAUUGAAGAAUUUCAUCAAUUUGUACAGAUCUUUUACUUCAAGUUGUUACAUUUUGAAAUGGAAGUUCAAACUGUUACCACAAAUAAUAUUGGUUUGCACAUUUAUUAAACAUAAACAUUAUUUAAAAAAAAAAAGAACUUUGAAGAAAAAAGGGUUCCAUACAUUUUAAAAAUUGAAUUGAAUGACAUUUAUUUCAAAUAAGUCAUACUUAAAAGUGUUAAAUGAAACUAAAACCAUUACUUUCCAGGUCUAAAUAAAAUAAAAUGAACAGUGUAAAUAAACUAUUGUGACAAAAAACAGAAAAUCCUACUUUGGCAUAUUCCUUGCGCACACAACAAAUUGUUGCUUCAGCCUUGAGUAAUCUAAUUGUAAAAUAUGUUAAAAGUGCUGGAAAUAUGAAAGAAGUAUAGCUGAAUCAAUUGUGCUUUGUGAGUGUUAUGUCAAUCAAUAUUUUUAGCUAGCAGUUAAUUUUGAUGGUGAUUUAUACCCUACAUCAAGGAGCAAUGAUGACUCUGGCCACAAAAAUGUACAACUAUAAAACAACCCUUGAUGGUCGGUAGUCCUAGGUCACGUAAAAUGGAUGAGAUGAUCUAACCAAACCAGCAGAAAACAUCAUGUGAGGUACCACACAAUUCUCAAAAUUUUUGAUGGCUCCCUUACGAGAAUGAUUCCAUCAUAUGCUAAUUCUUACUAUUCAGUGAUACGUGUUUUUACCUGUUAUGGCUAGUGUUUUGAAUAAAUUACAAGUGCAGAAAAUGUUUAAAUAUAAAAGUUGUCCAAAUAAAGUAUUUAAUUUAAUGCAAAUCCAUACAAGCUGUUUAGUUUGAGUAGUACUGUUUCAAUUUAAAAUAAAUAAAACAACCAAUUAUAAUAUAUACUGUAGUAAUAUUGUAUCACAAAAAGUAUUCUUUCCCUGCUUAUAACAAAGUAAGAGUACUCCACAGCAAUGUUGUAACAGCUGGUGUCGCUGAGGUUGAAUGCAAUAUUUAAAAUCUAUAGCUCAUUUCAUUCUUGAGAUGUUUUCCAGAGAGAUAGACAGACAGACAAUCAUAGAUAAAAGAAGUUAAUGGGAAAUUACACAUCAUGCAAGUCAUUCUUUUAAAAAGACUGUGUGUAUCAAACAUAGUUUUAUUUUAAUCAUUGUUUGGUGAAAUAUAAUUAAUUCUACUAAUGCUUAUACCAAUGUUUUUUGCAUUUUUAACGGUUGUUUUUCUUAUUUUGUAUACUUAUAUUCUUAUUGAGUAUUUCUGCUUGUAUUUAUGUAUUUUAUACUUAUUGAAUUUUUCAUUUGUAAACAUUAAGUGCAAGCUUGAAUGCUUUCUUAUCAUUGUUAAUGAGAUUUAUUUGAAGUUUCUAUUCUAUUGUGUUGCAUUUUAACAUUUACCUUAGCAGUUGUUAAUACCAUGUGUUUAAUAAUAUAAAAGAUAAUAUAGUUUUAGUGUUACUAAUGUAUAUCAUUAAUCAUAAUUUGCAUUUAUAUUAAUAUAUCCUAAUAUUAAUAAGUCUAUAAAUUAUCAAAGGAGACUUAUAUAUGAUUAUUGUGAUAUAUUGUGGAAUAUAUUGUUAAUCUUAGAAAAAUAAUUCUAUGGACUUUAAUAACGGAACAAUAUAUUUAAUUUAUUAUGGUUAUUCUUUUAAAAUAACAGUCUUGUCUUAUAUAUGUAAAUUACAAAUAAUUUUAAAAUAUGAUAACUUUACGAGAGGCCAGUUGAUAAGGUAUGGUGACAAGUAUGAUGUCAUUAAAUGGUUUCAUUGUACAUACAGUAAAACACUUUAUUUUGAUACUCAGUUGCACAUUUUCCAAAUUUUGACUGUUUCUUUUAACUUAUGGGAAAGAGUUAUAUUUUAACAUUUAAGAUUUUUACAAAAUAAUAUGAUGAUAGAAAGUUCAAUUUAUUCACUUUGUUGUAGAAAGUAAAGUCUUACAGUAACUUGUUAUAUUGGUUAAAAAUGUGUAUUGUAAAUUAAAACAUUUAUAUUUUAAAUUGUA